CUAAAUGUACUGCCAAAAAUCUUUCUUUAUCAUGCAGGGUUUUACCAACGUUGUAAGUGGUAGCGCUGUCAGGGCCGUUGGUGUCGCUCACCUCAAUGACAGACUUCGCUGUCGUCUCUUCACUAUUAUCCAUUGCUUGCCACUGUACUUUACGCUGCACUCGAGUCUCUGAAACGGUUUUAUGCAUCACUUGUCAUCAUUCGCCAUCGACGUGUGAAUCAAAUACACUAUGCGACGAAGAAAAAAUUGUCCCCAGCCACCACCAGAACUACAUGUCCCUAUUCACUUACUUUCUUGAUAUUUCCGGUCGUAGAACAGACACUGGAGAGGCUACACCUGCUGACAAGCUCUGUACUUUGAUGGAAACCGUCACUCUAUAUCCAGGGGACACAUUCACAACGGGGAAAAUUUGAAGGAUUGCACGCGACCACUGGCUGGGUUCCGAUCUACCUUCAAACCAGAGUCGCUGCGACUACAGCUGCGAUAAUAUAAUAUUGCUGCUCACCUCUUCUUUCGCUUACGCUCCCCAAGAAUAUUAGAAUCAAAUCAAAUGGGAAAUGAUGGUACUUAACUAGAAAAUAAGCAAUGCUGUAGGUGAGAGAGA